GAUCAGGCCUGGGCCUGGGCCUGGGCGUCGUCAGUUCGCAGCUCGCGGACGGAACGGAGCUUAGUGCGAUCUGUCUCACCCGGAGCUGAGGAAGGCUGCCUUUCCUUUCCUUUCCUCUCCUUUCCUUUCCGUAACACAAAGGACGUACUAGUUCGUGCACCCGCACGCACCCCGGCCAGCCACUAGGCACACUACCGCACUUUGCAGUAGCUCCCGGGUCCCGGCCCGCCCAGCAGAUGGAGAGUCCCCUAUAAAAACCAGCACGAGUGGCACGAAACGCCUCGCACCACACCGAGGGAUAAGAAGAAAGAAAGAAAAAAAAACUAGGCAUUCUGCUUGCUUGCUUGGGGCGCUCUAGUGCUCGCUUGCUGCACCUGCACCGGUCGCGCACAGCCUGGGAAGAGGCGAGCUGAGGUCUGAGGAAGCCGAGAAGCCGGGCUCAGCGUGCGUACAGGGACAGAGACGGCAAGCCGGAGCAUCGAUCCGUUGGUGCAAGCAGGACCGGAGGAUCACCACUCAGAGCCAUGCUGCAGCACGGCGAGGAGAAGAAGGGGAAGGUGAAGAAGGGGUGGCUGGCGGUGCGCGUCGGGGCGGCGGAGGGCGACGGCUCCCAGCAGCGCUUCGUCAUCCCCAUCGCGUACCUGUACCACCCGCAGUUCCGGCGCCUGCUGGAGGCCGCGCGCGACGCCUACGGCUACGACUACUCCGCGGGGCCGCUGCGCCUGCCCUGCUCCGCCGACGAGUUCCUCCGCCUGCGCGCGCUCGUCGAGCGGGAGGCGCAGGCGCCCUCGUCGUCGUCCUCGCACCACCACCGCGUCCACGCCGGCGGGGGGUCCCACGGCGGCCACUACUCCCUCUCCUCCCCGUGCACCCGCGCAAGGGUCACCUCGUGAUCGACCGACGACCUCGGCUUUCCUACGCGUGUGUGGUGGUGUCUGGUGGUGUGUGUAGAGCGAGGGACAGUAUAGUUGUUCGUAGAUUAGGUAGCUAUCUAGCUAGCCCUGCAGGGGUGCUGUGCUUGUGCUUCCUCUUCGAUAGAUUUCCAGUUUUGUCUCUUUGUUGUUGGCCCUUCCCUUGUACUCUUCUCUGCAUGCGUUUGAUCCUGCAGGCGCAUGUACUAUACUAAUGAAUUAACUAACACAUGGAUCGGUGUAUAGUUACUAGUUACUACA